GUGAGGAAAUGCAAUAUGUUUUUAUAUAAGUAAUUUAUUUUUUCCCGUAAAAACGAAAGAAGAAAAAAGAUAUGGCUGCUGCCGUGCAGGCUUUAGAUGAAAUAAUCAGAGAGUACUUGCUGUUUCGCGGCUUUGCAAACACUUUGAAGAUAUUCGAGGCUGAACUGAAAAAUGACAGAGACAAAAGUUUUCGAGUGCACAAAAUAGUAGAACAAUUGACCAGUUUUGUGCAACAAUAUGAUCUUGGUGGCAUUCGGGAGUAUUGGAGUUAUUUAAAGAGACGGUUCUUUUCACGCUUGGAUAGUGUUCAUCUUCAUAAUGCUUAUAAACUAGAAAAGUGUUUAUAUCGAUUUUAUUUGGUGAAUGCAGUGCAGACAUCGAGACCUGAUAAAGUGACUGAUUUUUUUGAGAAGAUGGCGUCAGAACUCCAAAAUCAGGCUGAUUGGAAAGAAUGGUUUGUGCUACCAUUCCUGAAAAAUCCAGAACAAAAUCCAAGUUUGGAAAUGUAUUUCUCACCAUUAUGGCAAGAGACAUUUCCAUUGUCAUUACACAAUUUUCUGAAUGCAAUUUUUCAAAGUAUGCCAUUACCUCGCUUGCUUAAAUUUGAUGCGGAGAGGAUUAUUUCUGAGAAAUUGAAGCGAGAUAACAACCAUUUGCACGAGAAGAUCGUAUUAUUACAACAGGAGAUAUCAAUACUUCAAGAAAAUCAAGAGAAGAAAUUCAAUGGAACUCUCAAAGAGUUAAACGACUCACUUCCAAAGAAAGUUGUGUUAAAGGAACCGAAAACGAAUGGAAAGGAACUGACAACACUUAUUCCGAAGCGAUUCCGUAAAAACAAGGCGGAUAACCAGAUGAAACGGAAAUCACAGCUUUUGGAACAAGAUGCAACAUCGCAAACUGAGAACUCGCAAUCAAAACCGGCCCUGCAAACGAACAAUUUGGAGGAAGAAAAUAAAGAUUUCGACAUGCCACCCGGGAGAACAAAGUCGGAGAGCACUCAGCCUCAAGACUUCGAUCCCAAUCAGAGUUUUGGAAAAGAAAGUAGCCUUGCUAUAAACAAGCAAGACGAAAAAAGCUCACAAAACUCAAAAACUGGCUCGAUUCCAGAAGAUGAUGGCAACCUAACGUUUAAAAACGAUAAUUAUGAGUCGGAAAUAGUGAUCAAAGACAAGCGAAGUCUCUCGUUGUCAGCAAAGACGACAAUGCGACCUGAACCAAUAAAGAGGGCCAACAGCAACACACAGUUUAGUAACUACAACGAAAUGUCGCUCUUGGGUCGUAGAAGUGCCACACUCAAAGAAAGCUCUGAAAAUCCUUUCCUUGUUCUUAGCGAGGAAGUAUAUUCCGAACAUCGUUCGCCUAUUGUGCAGUGCGAUUUCUCACAUAGUGGUAAUAUGGUGUCAAGUGUUGAUCUGGAUGGAGUAGUGAAGGUGUGGAAACAUCGUCCGCUCUCAACAGUGGCAACGAUUAUGUCAAAGUCAGCAAUAUUGUGCACAGAAUGGGCAUCAAAAAAUGAUAGACUGUUGUUGUUAGGAACAAGCAAUGGGAAGAUUCGUUUGUACAAUACAGAAACAAAAACCGCUCAUAGUGAAUUGUCUACGGAGACUCAAAACUCGAGAGUUGUCUCCCUGGCUUGCAGUCCAUCGUGCACAUCAUUUGUGUGUUCUGCCACGGUCGAAACGAAACAUUCACUGACCAUGACUUCUGUGUUAAAACACGCGUUAACCACCGAACCAGAUAGACAAACUGACCUUCCAGGUCAAGGAACGCUACUGUUGUGGGACCUAAAGACGAUGAAAUUAGAACGCCAUUUACCACUGGGUAUCAAUAAAACUCGCGUCAACUGCAUAGCUUACAAUCACAACGGGACGUUACUGGUCACUGGGGAAGCUGAUGGAAUGAUAAGGGUAUAUGAUACCCGGUCAUACGAUUGUCUCAUGAACUGGCGUGCGCAUACAAGUCAAGUGAAAUCCGUACAAUUCAGUGUAGACGAAACAUCCGUGUUCAGUUUAGGUCGAGAUAAUCAAUUUCUGCAGUGGAGCUUACGGAAAAUGGGUCUCAUAACAGCGAGCAUCGCCGCACACGACGGCAUGUGUGGACCACGUGAUCAUGUAGUGGCGACGUCAUCAAAAACCAGGCCAGCGUUGUUUACUCGAUUGUUCACGUUCGACUCUAAGGGAGAACAUUUGUUAACUUGCGCCCCGACAUCAGGGAUAAUCUACAAGUACAACGAGAAUGACAACGUGCUGUCACAAGUAUUUUCUAUUGGUGAAUCGAAAUCUCACGUGACCAGCGUUGAUUGGAAUAACGCGGGGGAUUCCUUUACCUGUUGUGUCACGGGUUGCCAGAGUGGCCUCAUACGAAUGACGACAUUGAUGAAACGCUAAACUAAAUCAUUAAACUUAGCAGCUCUGCGUGCGAAGCCUUUUAACGAAAUAAGUAAUCAGAAAAUUAUUAAUUAAAUUAUAAAAAGCAUUGGCAAUUAAUUUAAUGUUAUUUAGUCUUCGUAGGUAUUCUAAAAGGAAUUGCUACAAUUAAGAAUAUCUCUCUCUUUAGCAGCCAAAUGAAUCAGUCGAGUAAUAGGCCUGUUGCACGCUGGUACUAACCUCGUACCAAGGCUCUUUAUUGAAAAACAACUUGUACAGCAGAAGGAGCUUUUAAAUUAGAAUCGUUUGAUAAAAAAUACUUAAUAACUCCUGAAGCUAGCACACUUUAUCUUGUCUCCAAAUCGAUAUCUUAUUGCUAAAUAUAAAACAUAACUUUAAAGUAAUUUAACCUAAUUUGAUGAAAGAUAACGAAAGAUACUAGUGAAUAAAUGAAGCAAAAUAAAUUU